AUGUUGUGCAGAAAGAGUGUCUGCACUGAGGACAGUGGAUCGGUGUCUGUGUACCUCAACGUCUACGAUCUGACACCUUUCAAUGGCUAUGCUUAUUGGCUUGGCCUUGGAGUUUACCAUUCUGGUGUACAAGUUCAUGGUGUUGAAUAUGCAUUUGGAGCUCAUGAGUAUCCAACAACUGGAAUAUUUGAAGGAGAACCCAAAAUGAUGGAAGAGCUUGCAGAGCAAUACAAAGGAAAUGCCUACAAUUUGAUCACUAAAAACUGCAACCAUUUCUGCAAUGAUGCAUGUGUUAGAUUGACUGGAAAUUCAAUUCCAAGUUGGGUUAAUCGUCUUGCCCGAAUUGGCUUCCUCUGCAAUUGUGUUCUUCCUGUGACUAUAAAUUCAACAAAAGUUCGACAUCAUCGAAUCGAAGAUAAGGCAGAUGAAGGAGACAAUAAGAAAUUAACAAGCCAGCCAAACAAUUUGGCAACGUCUUCUAAUUCUUCUUCAUCUCCAUCAUCCUCUCCUUCUGGCACAACAACCCGCAGGGGAAGAAGCAGAACAAGACGCGCUCGUCCUCCAUCUUCGCCUUUGAUGAUUGGUUCAUCAUCCUCUUGA